GGGGAAGUCGGAACUUUUAAGGACACAUUCAGCGAUAUUGAUCUUUUUGAUAGGAUGAAAAUUCAGCCAAGCAUGACGGGACAACAAUACCAGUGUUGAUACAGAAUUGAUACUUACAUUCCCUGCAGAUAGGGUCACCAUCUGUCACCUGACCUGGUAUUGACAGGCGAGGAAACAAACAUGUCAUGGUGUUAUAGCUGUGGUGCAUAUGAUCAACUCCUCCAAGUCCAGCUAUUGUCAAACAAAGCUCAUCACAGAGGACAUUAAAUAUACUUUUAGAGUUAUUAGCAGGCUGGUGAAUUAUAAUGCAGGGACUCCCUUACCACCAGCUACCAGUGACCAGACCCUUGCUGACGAUUUUGUGCAGUUUUUCUACAGCAAAGUUGAAAAGAUCAGACAGGGUCUCGAUGCCUCAGAUCUCCAUGACAAUACAGCUUCUCCAGACCUGGACAGAUCAGUGCCAAAUCUUGGUUCCUUUAAGAUCCAGACACAGGAAAACGUGGACAAGGUCGUCAGGAGCUGUGCUAAUAAGGCCUGCUCACUGGAUGCCACCCCCACUGCGCUCUUGAAGAACAGCACUGUCCUCUCUGUGGUGCUACCGACCAUUACUGAGCUGGUGAAUACAUCACUUUCAACCGGGGUCUUUCCAAAUGAGCUGAAACGUGCACUUGUUACACCACGUCUGAAAAAGCCUGGAUUUGAUAUGAGAACUUUUAGUAACUAUAGACCAGUAUCAAAUAUUCCAUUCAUCAGCAAGGUCAUCGAGCGUGUUGUUGCACAGCAGCUUAAUAGCCAUCUCACCAGGAAUGGUCUACAUGAUGAUCUACAGUCAGCUUAUAAGACCGGUACCAGCACUGAGACAGUCAUCCUGCGAAUAAAAACAGACGUAGAAGCAGUACUGGAUGAAGGUGACGCUAUGCUCCUGGUCCUUCUUGACCUAAGUGCGGCAUUUAAUUGAUACCAUCGAUCAUACUCUCUUGCUGGAGAGACUACAUGAGGAAGCUGGAUUGACGGACACAGCACUCCGUUGGGUACUGUCUUACUUAAGUGGCCGCAUCCAAGCGGUGAAGAUCAACACCAGUGUGUCCUCAGAUGUACCACUGUCCACCGGAGUGCCUCAAGGGUCUGUUCCCGGCCCCCUUCUCUUCCUGGUGUACCUUCUCCCACUCAGAAGAGUUAUCAACCAAUAUGCCACAAACCGUCAUGGGUUCACAGAUGACACUCAACUUUACAGCCGUUUGAGUGUAAUAAACACUACCAUGCGUACCUAUCAAGUCAACAUUAUGGAGGAAUGCAUAGCAAGUGCCCGAACCUGGAUGACUGUGAAUAAACUUAAACUAAAUAAUGGAAAAACUGAGAUAAUGGUGGUUGCUAGUGCCCACAACCAGUGCCUUGUGAAGGAUAUCCGUCUGAAGAUUGGUGAAGCAAUAUUGACACCUAAGUCUACUGUUAAAAACCUCGGUGCUAUCCUGGACGCCACCUUAUCAAUGGAAAUACAAGUCAGCUCCAUUGUAAGGAAGAUGUACUUCAACAUCAGGAGAAUAUCCAAGGUGAAACACCAUCUCACCCAGGGAGCGUGUGCGAAGGUCAUCAAUGCAACAGUCAUAUCCCACCUUGACUAUCACAAUGCCCUCCUGCUUGGCAUGACCGAUCGCCCCAUGCACCGACUACAAGUGGCUCAGAACAAAGCUGCACGUUGUCUAACAAGAACAUGCUACAGACAACAUAUUUCGCCGGUACCGCAACAACUACACUGGCUGCUGUAAAGCAACGCGUUGUAUUUAAAUUGCUGACAACCAUACAUAAGUCACUACACUCUUUCUCAGCACCAGUAUACCUGAGAGAGCUAUGUCCUGUUUACCAGCCACAUAGGACAUUGGGAUCAUCAUCCGACCAAUGGAAACUGGUAGUGAAGAAAUCAUCAAACAAAUACGGUGCAAGAGUCAUAAAAACACUAGGUGCACAAUUGUGGAAUAAACUGCCACUGGUACUUUGAGAGCUUGAGGCACAUGGAGCAUUCCGCAAGAACCUAAAAACACUUUUGUUCAAGCGGGAAUAUGAAUGGCCUGUGAAUGUAAAAUUCAGUGUAACAUCAAGGAAUCCAUGUGCAAGGUCUUGCAAACUGAAUUUUUAUCCAGCAUACGAAUACCUCUCAUGUAGAAGCUUUUGAAUAAAUAUAGAAUGAAGCAACCCAUGCCACUUAAGAUAAUAAUCAAUGAAAUUUGUUGUUAUUGCUAUAAAGAGGUACAUGUUAUCAAAAAAAAAAAGGUUACAAAAAGAAAUAAAUAUAUGCUGUUAAAUUGUUAUAGUUUAAUGAAAUAGAUAUGCGCUCAUUAAUAUUACGAUAUUCAUAAAAUAAAGGAUUUUUUUUAGAUGUU